CGCCACAUUUAGGACCAAAAGUGAAUUGAUCGAGGAGCGACAUAGGUGUCGAGGAGCAGGCUGCCAUGGUGGACUAUUGGGUGUCCAAGGAGAGGCACUACUGCAAGUACUGCAAUGCGUGGAUGCAGAACGACAAGAUGAGCAUUAAGCACCACGAGCAAGGUCGUAGACACAAGGAGAAGGUCGAGGAGACGCUCAAACAUAAGCGUAAAGCCAAAUCAGAGGCCAAUAACUCGCAAAAGGAGCUGAAUGACCAGCUAAAGCAGAUCGAAGAGGCUGCACAGGCCAAAUAUGCGCAGGAUAUGGCUAACAGACGAGCACCACCGCCUCCUCCUAGACCAGGACAUAGCAACGCACCACCUCCACCACCCCGGAGACCAGGACAGAGCAGUGCAAGUGCUCCACCACCACCACGCAGAGAGAUACACAGUAAUAUCACCGCUCCACCUCCACAACAACCUUCAAGUGGACAGUAUCGUCCUCCUAUCAUACCAGAGGAGCCCGAGGAGAAAGACGAGGACGACAAAGGAGUCUACGCUGUACGCGGUGUUGUCUAUUUAGAAGGCAAGAAGCACGAAUCACAAUUGGAGACAGGAAGCGCGUGCCAGAUUUGGGUCGAGGAGGCUGAGAAAUGGGUCGACGCUCUGGUGGAACAGGCCACCGUUCACACAGUUCCUAAUACCGAGCUGAGCUUCAGACGGUUCAAAGUCAUGUACAUGUUGCCACCAUCCGAAGAAGCCGCGAAGAAUGGCGAGAAACCCAAGCCAAUGACGGAACAUGAAGUACGUGCAGACAGGUUACGCAUCCCUCUGCCAGCCAACGUGACGUUGGAAGCUGCAGAGAAAAUGGUGGAUCAGUGGCGCAACGAUGGAGACGCGACAGAUAGAAACUCAAAGCCAUCGGUAUUAAUCGACGAGACCACCGGCAUGGGCAUGUGGAGUACAGUGGAAGUGCGACAGAUCGACGAAAGCCCCGAAGCUGUAGCGAAACGUGCAGCCGAAGCGGAGGCUGAAGCGGAGCGCACUGCCGACGAGCAGAAGCGACUUGAUGCGCUUGAAGAUUUCUCGUCGCAAGGUGACAAUGCUCUGGGUGCAUUUAACCCGUGGGGAGGCAGCUAUAAAGGUGUGAAUAUUGACGAUACUGCUAGUGAAUCAACUGGUACUGCCCCUCGUGAGGAGAUUAACAUCACUACGAACGGGAACGUGAGUUUCAAGAAGCGCGGCCAGAAGAAGCAGAAACGCAGGAGGAUACACACUGAUGACGAGUAAAUAAAUCCAAGCACAGCUGCUCCAUCGCCCUCAGUACUAUUGUUUGUGGCUUGUAUUUUGCUUUU